UUCAGCAUGUUAGAGUGGUAACGAUGGUAAACGAUGAACCUCAAAAUAUCAUUUCCUGAGAUUUUAGAGCCAUUAGACGUUGAAAACACUAAAAAAGACAAUUGUGACCCAAGGGGGCUUAUUCAGUAUCUUGUUCAAUAUUAAUUUAAUGAGCAGGUUGUUUAUGGAUGCCAGUAGUCCUUUACCCCUCCUCCAUUGUUUUCAGAACCUGUUCGUGACUUAAAUACCCAUCAUGGCGGCUUUACCUCUUGUGGGUUCUUCGAAAAUUUCGCUCCUGGCUGUUUACUGUUUUGUUAUUGUCGCCACGAGAAACAUAUCAUCGAUUAAAUGUUCCCCAGUUCCACAAGAUUCUGGAGAGUUUCAAAAACCACACUUCCAGGUGGAACACAAGGCCGGUGUUCUGACAAUCAUGGCCACAAAAGAUAAAGCUGAUGUUGAUGUUAAGUCCGACACGAUUCGUUUGCUGGUCAAACCAGGAGAUAAACAAGUUCCCGUUGCUAAAGUACCCGAAGUCAAGACAGUUCACGUGGAAUCAAAUUUACCACAGAUUCACGCCCUGUGACUCUAUGAAAGGAAAUGCUGAACAUGACUUAAAGGUCAAGUGAGCUCAAACAUAACCCAACCACCGAAUCUACUAUCUCUAUUAUCUCUACUAUCUCCUCUGUUGGGAAGUAUUUCACUCUGAACAAACACUCACAGGGUACUGCUAAGUACUUGCCUGGAUUUCAAUGCCAAGCUUGUGUUUGUAAGACUUUUCUCUGCAAAAUCCGAAUUAGUUGUCAGUUAUUUAGUUUUUCCGGUUCUCCUACAAGAGUUAACGGACAAAGGCUUAUUGUAAUACCAUUGAAAUUCGUCUUUUCGUCAUGGAGACUUAAGAGAAAGGAAAUGGCCGCGUGAAAACUGGUAGCCCGAAAGGUGCUGGUUGUACAGAUGUUCCACCCAGCCAAUUGCUUCUUGUCAGGUCUU